UAUAUGCCGUGUCCUGAACGAAGCAGCUGUUCUGGUACUAGGGCAUAGGCUACUGUUCUCCACUCAGAAGCUCACUGGCCGCCCACCAGACCCUACCUUGACUGGUGAUCAGACAGCUAGUGUGUUAGAGGCUUACACUUCCAGUGGAACAUCACCUCAGCAUGCUCCAUAUAGUUACUCAGGCGGCAACACGCGCUACUGUAUACCGUACUAAUCUGCUUUGCCUUUGUGCCACGUAUGUUAUCGGUAUCUGAGGCUCUAACUUGAAUCUUUCAUUUUAAUUUAAAGUUCGACACUUGGUUAAUGUAGCUUAAGCUUGAACCCGAACUCAUAAAGCUAGUUAGAUGGGAACAGCCAUUCUCUGAAGGACGUCCGGUAUUGAAAGUUCGAUAUUUUCAUACAAAGGAAUUCAUCACGUGUCUGUCUGGUCUUGGUGUACGGUGAUGAAUAGUGGUUACGUAACACAGGAGUGUGCCUGGAUUAUCUCAUCAAGGUCACAGGUGAUGUGAAAUUGACAACGAUGAGCAGCAAGAAAAAUUCACACAAAACAGCCCAAGGCUCGGCUCUACCGGAAUAUAACAUAGCCCUUCUAGGUGAACUCGGGGUUGGAAAAUCAGCUCUCACUGUGAAAUACAUCACGAGACGAUUUAUAAUGGAAUAUGAUCCUGACAUAGAGGAUACAUACACCAAGCAGGAUGUGAUAGACACCCAGGAAUCACUGGUACACGUUAUGGAUACCAGCGAUAAGGUGGACAGUGAGGCGGAUAGGUAUCUCAGGUGGGCAGACGCAUUCCUUAUCAUCUACAGUAUCACCAACAGCAGAAGCUUCGCCAAAGCCAAAGAAUACCUUGAAAAUGUGACAUCAUACCUUAAGUGCAAUAACAAAGACACACCAGUGGCGUUAGUAGGAAAUAAAGUAGAUCUGGAGCGCUACAGGAAAGUCGGUAAAGAAGAAGGGAAUUCUGUUGCCGCGGAAUAUGAUUGUAGUUUUUACGAAACUACGGCUGCGGAGGAUUACGAAUACGUUGAAGAAGUGUUUCAUGGUGUGAUCCAGGAACUUCAACGAGAAAAAGACAGGACUCUACCCUUACAACCUCUGUACAUCUCCGAGGACAAAACGAAUUCUUUGUUGUUGACACCUGGAUCAACAGGACAUUUUUCACUUUUAAGGUCAAGGUCACCAAAACCGCCGUUAUCUCCUGAGAAGAAAGAGGAUAAAGUGACGCAAAGAAAGACAACUCCUAGCUUCCGGUUGUUCAAUAAAAGUUUUAAAAUAUUUAAUUAAAUAACGACAUUCGACUAUGACGAAAGUUUUGAAACGGAUAACGAAAGGCCACAUCUUUUGGCUGGUU